UUGGUCAAUCAAAAGGAAGGUGUAAUCCAAUCACCCAAUUAUCCCAACAAUUAUGGGGAGGAAGAGACCUGUGUCUGGGAUAUUGAGGUUCCGAAAGGAAAGUAUAUUAAAUUGGUUUUUGACGACUCCUUUGCUAUCAAUGCCCCCAACGAUAUCUGCGCCGAAGAUUAUCUGCUCGUCAGCCAAAGUGGUGACUUGGAAACUGAUGUCCAAAGGUUUUGUGGUAAUCAAAAGCCAGACGUUAUAAUAUCGGACUCCAACAGAAUGCUUAUUAAAUUCAACUCAAAUUCAGUGAAUACUAGCAAAGGAUUUAGAGCUAAGUUUGUUGAACACGACAGACCCGAGGCGGCACCCGCUCGGCUCCCGGAGCUCACCCCUGAAGGCUGU